UGAUUAUAUCCCAGGUGAAUUCCAGAAGGUGAUUUCGCAGUAUUGCCCGUAGCUCAGUUGUUGAGAAAACGACCAUUGAGCACGACUACGAUCUAGCGCCUUUGCACGGUUCCACAAUUGCUACUAGGUUACAUGGUUGCUAUGGGUACUGGACUAUGACACGGAUUCGAAAUAUUUUUGUAGGAUGAAAACACUUGUCACUUGGGAUAGUAUUUACGGGUUCAUGGAGUUGCAUCCUGAUUCUUUUUUUGGUUAUUGUUGUUGUUGUUGUUGUUCUGCCGUAUCUGUUCAUAUUCGUUACUUUGAUAUUACGACUCGGCACCUCAGGGUUUUCGUCUGGCGUGUAUUCGUCUUUGGACGAUAGCAAUCAUGUCG